AUGCGGUGGUGCCUUGCGUUGCUUCUUUGCUGUUUCUUGGCUGCCGUCAACGCUCUGAGUAGCUCCGGCAGCCGCCUGUUGGUUGUCCUUGACGAGUCUACAGAGAAGAGCGCCUACUCGACCUUGUGGUCCGAUCUGGAAGGUCGUGGAUACGAUGUGUCCUUCGAAUCACCCAAGAGCGACAAGCUGUCCCUCUUCCAGCAUGGCGAAAGAGCUUACGACCACCUUCUGAUCCUUCCUCCCAAGUCCAAGGGCCUCGGCCCCAACUUGACCCCGAAGAACAUCCUGGAAUUCUUGAACAAGGACGGUAACAUCCUCCUCGCCCUCUCCGGCAAGGCCUCCACCUCCAGCGCCGUCAGCUCCCUCCUCCUCGAAAUUGACAUCCACCUCUCGAACGACCGCUCAGCCGUCGUCGUUGACCACUUCAACUACGACACUGUCUCGGCCGCCGAGAAGCACGAUGUCCUCCUCCUCCAGCGUCCUGGACCUCUGCGCCCCGACGUCAAGGCCUUCUUCGACGGCGAGGGUGUCCUUGCCCUGCCCCGCGUGGCACCCCAGACCCUCGGCAGUGACAGUGCUCUCGUUGCACCUAUCUUGCGCGCCCCGGCCACUGCCUACGCUUACAACCCGAAGGAGGAGAUGCCCGCGGCCGAGGAUAUCGAGGCCACUGGCUCCCAGUUGAAUGUGGUCUCGGCCAUGCAAGCUCGCAACUCUGCCCGCUUCACUGUUCUCGGCUCCGUCGAGGCGCUGGAGGAUGAGUGGUUCUCGGCUUCGGUCAAGGCCCCCGGCGGCAAGAAGACUCCCACCGUUAACCGUGAGUUCGCUAAGCAAUUGACUGCUUGGACCUUCAAGGAGACUGGUGUCCUCAAGGUUGAGAAGAUUGAGCACCACCUGGCCACCGAGGGCGAGGUCGCUGCCGAGGAUCUGAACCCCAAGAUCUACCGUAUCAAGAACGAGACCGUCUUCAACAUCGAGGUUUCCGAGUACUCCUACGACAAGUGGGUUCCCUUCGAGGUCCCCGGCGAGGACGAGCUCCAGCUGGAAUUCACCAUGCUCUCGCCCUUCCACCGCCUGGCUCUUGAGCCCACCAGCCGCACUGAGACCAGCACCGUGUACAGCGCUCAAUUUGUGACGCCGGACCAGCACGGCAUCUUCUCCUUCCGCGUUAACUACAAGCGGCCUUUCUUCACCAAUGUUGAGGAGAAGCACGAGGUGACUGUGCGCCACUUUGCGCACGACGAGUACCCGCGCAGUUGGGCUAUCAGCGCUGGCUGGGUCUGGAUCGCCGGUCUGUGGUCGGUGAUUGGAGGAUUCUUGGCCUUUGUUCUCGUCUGGCUUUACUCGGCUCCUGCUGCUGAUAAGGUUAAGAAGACGCAGUAG